AUGAAAAUCUUGAAGAAAGCUGUCCUAAUAGAGGUGAGGUUCAAUUUUUGUGGUGGAAGUCUUUUCUCCUCCCCCAUACCCCUUUACACAACUUAACAUGACAUGGCUGAUUGAACUGUUCUCUUUUUGAUAAUAAUUUCCCUACAGAAAGAGGAGGUCGGGCACACCCAGACUGAACACCGAGUUUUGCAGCAAAAUAACCACCCCUUCAUGACUCAACUGCGAUACUCGUUUACCACGCGAGAUCACAUUUUCUUCGUCAUGGAGUAUGUCAACGGAGGAGAACUGUUUUUCCACCUCUCACGGGAACGUGUGUUCUCCGAACCCCGUACUCAGUUCUACGCAGCAGAGAUAACUUCAGCACUUGGUUACCUCCAUAGCCAGAAUAUUGUUUACAGGCAAGUCUAUUUAAUCUCCCAUUUCGCCGGCCAGUACGGGUUCUCUGCACCGCUUACACUACGCAGUCGCAAAAUCAAACAGCGAUGCCUACCUUUCCGGGCUUUCUUUUUCCUACUUCUCCACAGGGUGCUACUGGUGUCCUGCUCACACUUUAGGUUUAAAAGUUGUUUCUCUCUCUUUCGAUUUCAUGCGCCGAAAAGUCUCACACCCGCCAGUGGGCUCUACCACCUCUAUUUCUCUUUCCCUCAUGUCCCUGCACCCCGUCCCCUCCCAACCAUUUCCAGACGCUCUGCUGUACCCAAACUUAGUACUACCAGACGCUUGUACCUCCGAGUGUCGCCCUUGCCCUUCAAAGCGGGCAUCUCGGUUCAAGUGUCACAGGCCAGACAGAACCUUUGUCUGUAAAUCCGGUGUCCGCCAUCUCAUGUAGACCAGUCUUCACGGUUAGUUAUGGAGCGGACUUGUUUACUAUACGAGCAACCGUACUUCAACCUUUGAGGGCGCGUCUGUGGGCAUAUUUUGCACUCCUUAGAUUCAUUGAAGUUAAAAAUGGCGUAAAUGGUCAGACUCGGGAUCAGGUCCACUGUCAUAUCGUGAGGGUUGUCGAUCCUACGUAGCUAAAGGACCACGGCGAGUCUGUUGGUUUCCGCUGUAGGAUUUAAGUAUAUAGGCAUUGAGAAUUCAAGAUGCGAACUACUUUGCACGUCAUCCAGACUAUUUUUCAUUUUUUUAUCGUGUUGAAAUGCUGGCAGAGCGCUAUUGCACAUCAUUGGCGACUGGCUGUAUUUAAAGCUAGUUUUGUGUCCUGACAAAGGUUGACUUUACGAAUUAGCCAGUCCAGUCUCUCUCGUCCUCGCCGACAACUUUUAUGCAGUCAAAAUCGUCACUCUUCAUCCGGCACUUGAGUUGAAUUUCCCAUUUACUAUUAGGGAGCCUCUUUAAGUCAAUGGGCCACUUACCAUGUACCAACCCCAUUACUGGUUUUGCCUGCCGCUGCCGGUUAUGUUCUUGCCUAACUCUUCAGUCACUCCCCCGCACCUUCAGAUUUGUCUUACCCCCUUCUCUCCCUUCGACCACUUUUAAUGAUGCCCACUUUCUUUUUCUUACCAGGGAUCUGAAACUGGAGAAUCUGUUGUUGGACAAGGACGGACACAUAAAAAUAACCGAUUUUGGCCUGUGCAAAGAGGACAUUGGUUUCGGCGCGACAACCAAGACUUUUUGUGGCACACCCGAGUAUUUGGCACCCGAGCUGCUCCUAGACAACGACUACGGGCGUUCCGUUGACUGGUGGGGCCUUGGUGUGGUGAUGUUUGAGAUGAUGUGCGGCCGCCUGCCAUUCUACUCUAACGACCACGAGAUUCUAUUCGAACUGAUCCUUCAGGUACACAAUUUUUAGCAGAUUCUAGCAGUUCCUUUAGACUAGUUCGAUGGGCAAGUACCAUUUAAAUUUCAGACCUAGGCUUCUAAAUUAUCCAUCCUGUUUCAAGUUGAUCGCGCUCACAAACAAAAAAAAACAGCGCACGUCAGACCAGUGGGUUUGGGCUAAGUCAGUCGAAUGUUCACCCGCCUUUGUUUACAUAACAAGCUUUAUGAAACCGUGACUGAACUAGGAAUCACACGACGUUCCUUUUAAGGCCGGACAGUUAAUGUUGACUUAAAAUUUCCCAUCCCUGUAUUGUUGGGAGUGUUUUACCGUGUAUUUUUACUUUGCCGCCUUACUAUUACCAGCCCUGCAGUACAAUUCUCCGGUUUCCCGAAAUGUCGAUCAGCCGUGCUUUUAGCGUCGUUCGUCAGGGGCAAUCUUGCACGACGUUCUGUGCAAGUUAGUUACGACCUUCUGCAUCACUUCUCUGAGGUCUACUCUGUUAACUUCAGCAUUAGUCUUUUAUUUCACACUGCGAGACCGCGAAUAAUUGGCUUUCUACCUACCUGAGGUCUGUGAUCAAACGUUAGGCCCUCAGCUUGCGACGGCGCUGUCGUUAAGGCACACAGCUUACCAAAGAGCGAGUAAAUCGCAUUAUUGAUCAUACAGCCUGGGUGAUCGUAGUGCGGGGCUAAUAGCGAGUUCGCGCCAACAAGUACUUGGGAGACCUUAAUAGUUGAUUGGUCGCGUCCAUGUGACCUCCUGGAAAGGUCCUGAAGUUGAGCUCUACAGCAAAUCGGGAUAUCUGUAUUUCAUUCUACAGUCAUGUGUGAGUGAGGGAGGUGAAUGGGUGAACUGGGCCCCCCAAACGGGCCACGUGGUAGAUGCACUGGAUCAACACGGGGGCCAUAUCAGACUCUGUCAGGCGUUAUCGGAUUGCGAACCGUAACAAAUACCACUAUUUUGGGAUGCGAUGGCAAACCCCGUUGUCGGCAGAUGUCGCGCACACUGGGACCUCUGCCGCCUCCCAUUGUUGUCGUUGUUGGUCAUAAACCUGGUCGUUUGCUGUGUGGACCAAGGGGUGUGGAGUGGAACGCCAAGGCGAGGGCUCGACCGUGCCAUCCACCUACGCUCUCCCCCGUCUCCGGUCUUCUUGAUUCUUUCUUGACACCGGGUUCAGAUGGGGGGAGGUGGAGGGAGUGUGGUAGAUGCAGCGCAAGUCACCGUCCCUGCUUCUACCCUGUCGUGCAGCAUACAAUGGACAUCGUCGAAACCGGGCUGGGUCAGCUCCGCCGCCACUUAUCACUAUGCGUGAAGAGAGACUAUUCGCAACAGCAUCGAGACCGGUUAGAUCAGGCAUAGUCACGGCUGUAUCAAGUACAGGGUCAGAGCAACUAUAAAUGAGGCUGGCCGUAGUGUUUGACCAUACAUCAUCUGUGACUCGCCCUACCCUUCCCAUGACUCAGUGCUGACUGUUAGACAUUUGGUAAAAUCAUGACUUCCCUCCGAGCUUUACCCUUGUUUUUGGCACAAGGAAUGCUUCCCUCGCAGUCGCACCACAAGCCGGACUUGCCUGGCUCAGAACCGAACUAACGAAAACUGUUUCAACAUUCCACUUUUUCAUGUCUACCCCUUCCAAACUCGUAAUUAUUUCCGUCAUCUGCACCUUGUCCACUUCUAGGAAGGUGUCAAGGUCCCGGAAAAUUUAAGCAUUUUUGCGAGAGACAUCCUAUCGCGCCUACUCAUAAAGGAUCCAACGGCCCGUCUUGGUGGCGGCAAGGCGGACGCCAUUGAAGUCAUGAUGCAUCCUUUCUUCGCAACUAUUUCCUGGGACAAACUUAUUCGGAAGUAAGUAGCCGCCUGAGUGAAUUCUAGUGCUCUCUUUCCUGCGGUUCUUCUCUAGAGUCAAUCUUUUCUUUUAGUCGCUUGCGAACUUGCGGUUUUUCUACCAUUCCCGAUGUCACUCCUUUUUCGUUCUUUGGGAAUUCUCUGCGCACAAUCUGUUCCCUCCUAUCCGUGACUGUUCGAAUGCCCCCGCUUUCGGCCCCACAUAUCUAAUUGUUGCGAAACUCUUGCAAAGGUUCGCCGACCGCCUCUUCCGUCAGCCAACCUUACCGCGGACCCAGAUUGGUCAAACCGUAGAACCACGAUCUAGUGCUCAGACUGCCGAGUUUGGCAAUUCAAGAAUUGCACAUUGGUAGCAGUAUGUACCAGCCCGACGUGACUCUAGAGCAAAGUGGUAGUCUCGAUUACAAAGUAAAGUUCAUUAUCACACUAUGACAAGUAGUCAGUUAUAAAUUAAUCCAUUAACACGAUCAGGGAGAUCGCCUGAUCACUUUCCGACUUCACCGUCACGUGCGUAUGGCACUUCCCGAGCCUUGAUUUGUAGUUCACAUGCCUGUUGGAAAAAUCAAACGGCAGAUUCCUCUCCGUCAUCUGACAAAAUCCCCUUCUCACAUCAACUUCCUCGCGUUGUUCCCGUAAUUAAUCUUUCAUUUGAUACGUUUUAGGCCAAAUGUUAGAAACAAGUUGCGCCAAAAAUGGCUCAAACAGAAAAUGAGGUCUAGUGUCAGUUCUAGUUAUGCGCUUUCUGUGACUUCAAACGAUAAACUACGCGCAUGAUCGCGCCCUGCCACAUUUAGAUUUACACGCUCAGGCAUCGCACCAUUCUGAGCGUUUGACGUCGUGGCAACCUGAAGCGUCUUCCCUUUGCGCCAGGAAGUAGUCCUACGUCCCGGGAACUGCCUCAUGUAAAUGCACUGCUGUAGGACUUGCCUUAAUUAAUGUGACUUGGUCCGUCCCUACCAUGUCAUGACGGAGCCCGUGUUGGCUGUCUGACCAGUGGUAUGGCUACUUUUGCCGCCCACGUCUGCGCACCAGAUCUUUGAUCCUACACAACUUCCUUUGUCGGUGGAGGCAAUGUGGAAGCUAUUACUUUGACUGCGAGUCCAAGUGCAGAACUUUUGAUAGUGUUUUUAGUCACCUCGUAAAAGGACUUCAUUUUAGCGGGUCCUUUUGGCGGUGUCGGGGACCUCCAACUGUCUCUUGAGUAGAAGCCUUGCUGUUGGGCUAGACCAAAGCAGAGACCGUUUUGAUUUGUAGCAUGCGUUAGUCGGGCUGUAUUGAGUCUACGUGACCCCUCAGCUAUUGUGUACAUGAGUGUGGCACCCGUUAAACAGCCGCUUUAUGUCACGUCAGUCACUGCAUCCUAUCUGUUCUCCACUCGAAAUGGCCGCCUAGACAGAGUGGGGAAGAGUGAGGUCGGCCCAGCUCGCAGUGAACGCUUAUUUUCCCCACGAUUAACGGUCAAACGAGCUUUUACAUCUUCCAUGGUGGGCUGACAAUCGUCGACUGAAUGGUUGACAGCGUCCGAAAUAACCCGGCCCCUCUUUGAGAUAAGGUUCAUUCUACAAUGGCUGUUUAAUGCGAUCUUUUUGGUGUCUCUCACUUCCAUGCGAUCUGGGAUUCCCUCUUUGAGCCCUGGUACGCAGGGGGUUAGUGACCAGAUCGUGUGUGAUAUGCGUGAGGGGCCAUUUGACUUCGCCAGCCUCUGCAAAUGUCCAAUAUGCUUUCAUCUCGACCUCUUAUUGUCGGAAGAAAAGUGAGAAAGGACGGAUGUAGCACAUGCCUAUUUCGUGAUCAAGCCACCACUGCACACUGUUCAAGGCAGUGGUGACUCCUGCCGCUCACGGUGAAGGAACUAUCAAAGUCCUCGCGAUAGAAUGAGCUGUUACACCGAACAUUGCACCCCAUUUCCUUUCCAUGUAGUUUGACUUGGUCCUGAUACUGGCAGAGGGCAAGAAAGAAGAGGCUGGUAGAUUCUGCGUGACUGCACCAUAAUGCGACGCGUUUUUGAGCUUUUUCAGCUCGCAGGAGGCCGUUGGUUGGACGAUUACUAACUGACUCGCUAACUUUAUUCUUCGGUCUGAAAAUGAGGUUGCAAUGACUCCCUGCUAAUUUGACUUCAUGGCGACUCUCUCCGAUCUGAGAUUUGUGUGAGCGCAGUCUGGUUCUCAUGAAUCGAGGUACCAACAAUUGCGGCAUCCGUAGACACACUUUAAAUCAGGUCAACAGCCGUGCCUAUGCCAAUUUCCAGCUGCUCUGACCUUAUCUAGUUUUUAGAAAAUGAUGGGUGUGAAAUGCGGAGGCCAGCUGGGCACUGCGCAAGUCUAACUCCGUAUCGUCAAACUCGCGGGCUACCACUUUCUUAUGGAUCAGUGAUGGUUCUUGUCGAAUACGACUGACCAACUGUCGGUUAUAUUGAUUCAUUCUGGGCUGAAAGAUCCUUUCAGUGACCCUAUAUUUCGGAUAUUAACAAAAUUCUGUUGUUUCAGUUUCCGAGGCUCUCACACCACAGUCAGCAGCGAAGGGUUCUUCAUUAAUACUAUGCUCUUAUUGGUCGCCCACUCUUAGAUCGAGACAUCGCAUCGGUGGUCCGAAGCAGCCGAUAAGCACCUUUUUUUUUAACUUGCGAUCGCAGUUCCCGCUUCUCUUCUGCUUUACGGUGCAUCUUCUAGCAGACUCUAGCGUCAAUUUCUGACUUUCAUUUCAUCUUCAGAGAUAUCCCCCCUCCUUGGAAGCCCGAUGUGGAGAACGAAAUGGACACCAAGUACAUUCCCGACGAAUUUCAACGUGAAAACGUAGCAAUAACACCGGUGGAGAAGACGGUUUUCUCCGGCCUUUUAGAUGGACCAUACUUCCAACGUUUUAGUUUCCAUGGUAGUCGCCAGAGCCUCAGCCACCAGAGCGUUUUGAGCUAUGGCGAGUCCAGCAUACCUGACACGGGCACCCCAACCGCCUACCAGGGCUGA